AUGACGACCUCUCUGAUGCCGCACGAUCAUGAGGGCGGUUCUGAGGAGGGCACAAAUAAAUCAGGUAUUUGGCAGCUGUACUCUGAAGUGUCGUCAGCAUUGAUCCAUAUUUGGUUCGAAAAUUUUCAUCCUCUGCGACUAUAUACUCCCUUGAGGAUGUCGACUUCCUCGGUAAAGAAGUCAUCUGCGGAGGAAGAGCUGGAGAAGCAGUAUCGUGACUACAAAGCUCAAUUCGAUCAGUGGAAAGAGAAAAACAAAAGUUCGGUUGGCACAGAAGCAUACGACGCCUAUGUUAAGCAAUUCCAAGAAUGGGAAAAGGAUGUCGAGAAACGAAGGAAGUCUUUGAGAGAAAAGGCUGAGCGUGAAGCAAAUGAACUCAGGGUACAGAAGGAAGAGGAAGAGAAGGCAAAGCUUAUUCAAGAAGCUAAAGAAGCCGAAGCCGCAGCUGCAUAUGCGCAGUCGCAGCAGGCCUAUAUGGCUCAUCAUCAAGCCGCUUUGGAACAGGAACAACAACGAAUUCAAGCUCAACAGCAAGCAGCACAGCUUGUCCAAGUCGUUGCUCAACAGCAACAGCAAUUCGCUCAUCCACCCCCUUCCCUUGUUGCUCAAGUGCCUGCGCAAGUACCACAUGGACAAGGUGACCUUAACGCUGAAAACGUCUUUAAGGAGAUGGUAAACGUAGUAAUGGGUGGAGCAGCUGCAGCGCUAGGCACAACUGUCACGCAGCAGCCUCCUCCAGCCAUGCCUGGUGCUCCUGGCCCUGCUGGCCCACCUCCACAACUUUGGGGUAAUGCCAAAACGACAUAUGAUGUGAAGGAUCCUCUGUUCCUUCGUUGGGGUGCGCGUGCUGCUCCGGCGCACAAUCCUCCUGUGAUCCGACCACCAAUGCCUGUUGGGCCGUGUUGGAUGGUAGAAAAUGCCCUGAAAGAGAGAAAAAUGGCCAUAGCACCUGCUCAUCUUCCGCCUCCAAUGUUCAUUCAACCUCCACCUAUGUUGUGA